CUCAUUAUACGCGCGCUGGCUGCGGGAUAUAAGGUCUUCUCGUUCUUGUUCUCUUGCGCUGGACGUUCUUUCUCCUCGACUUUUUGCAUUCUCUUCAAGCACACUGACGCUCGCAGCGCGAGGACCGGCCUACUAACGUACUAGAACUCUCGACUAAUCAAUUCGCACUCGAAACCGACUUCGAUCCCGGCACUCACCUCAAGUAUGCUUUCUUCAUUACAAUGGACUUUGGCUAUCCUGCUGUUAAUCGCUUCUGAUACCCUUGCCGCCCCACGACCUAAUACCGCCUCGCCACAAGCCAUCCCGCUCGUACGGAGGGCACACAACCGGCGGACGACGCAGGACUGGGGGGAAUGGGCCAAGAACCACCGGGAAAUCCUCACAAGCAAAUAUGGCGGCUCUUCCACGGGCGUUGCAAAGCGUGGUAGUGGCACGAAUCUCCUCACGAACCAGAACGCAGACUCAAGCUACUAUGGCUCAGUCGCCAUAGGGACCCCUCCCGUAUCCUUCAAUGUCAUCUUGGACACUGGAUCUUCCGACCUCUGGGUAGCAGACAAUGCCUGCGUUACAGGCUGCAAGAACGUGCCGAAGUUUCAGUCGUCGCAGUCCUCGACGUUCAAGAACAUGAGCAAACCAUUCAACAUCCAGUAUGGAUCCGGAGAGGCCGCUGGGAUCCUUGGCUCGGACACCGUCCAGAUGGCAGGCUUCUCAGUGGCGAACCAAGUCUUCGGCGUCUGUAACGCCGUCUCCUCUGGGUUGCUCAAUAAUCCUGUCUCUGGUCUGCUGGGUCUUGCCUGGAACACUAUCGCCACGUCCGGCGCGACCCCUCUGUGGCAAACUCUGGCUGGCAGCGGAGCCUGGGACUCUCCUGUCAUGUCAUUCCACCUCACUCGUUUCGUUGACGACAGCCAGGCGCAGACAUUGGAGCCUGGAGGAUCGUUCACAAUGGGUUUUGUCAACCAAUCUUUGUACACAGGUGAUAUCGACUUCCAGAACAUCCCUUCCGGAUCAGAGUCCUACUGGAUCCUGCCGCUGACCGAAAUCACUGUCCAGGGCGCCUCCAUGACCUUCCCCUCGACGCAGAGCUCAUUCGCCGCCAUUGACACCGGAACGACGCUAGUCGGGGGUCCCUCCAGCGCCAUCGCGCAGCUGUACUCCCAGAUCCCCGGCUCGGCCCCCGGAUCCGGCAACUUCGAGGGAUACUACACCUAUCCCUGCAACACGCAAGUGAACGUCUCCCUCGCGUUCGGCGGGAAGAGCUGGUCCAUCAGCCCGCAGGACUUCCGCCUUACGCAGCUCACGCAGUCAGAAUGCCUCGGCGCGUUCUUCGAGCUCACGACGGGUGGCAGCGCGCCCGCAUGGAUUGUCGGCGACACCUUCCUGAAAAACGUCUACUCCGUCUUCCGCUUCAACCCGCCCUCGAUCGGCUUCGCCGCGCUCUCAGAGGCAGCAACUGCGCAGAACGAUGCGGACGGGCCCAUACCAUCUGCUACCAUCGGCUCCGCGGCUGCCGCUGUAUCUGCAUCGAGCGGGACCGACGCUGUGAACAGCGCGGCGGUUAGCGCGUACUCGUUUAGCCCUGUGGUGUUGAUGAUUGCGGGCGUUGUUGCUGGGGUCGUGUCGCUCCUUUAAUGCGGAUUGUGGGGAGUUGGACUUGCGUGUUAGGCGUGGACAGUGCUGUAUAUUGUAGCGUUUGAUCAAUGGACUUUGUGGAAGACACAAUUUGUAUUUGCUUAGUUACUACCGCUAAGGACGAGUUAAUGGCCCUGUAAUUGCAUUCCUGAUGAGAUCUUUGAAGGCACGAUUCAGACUCACGCUACUCUCGUCAUGAACUUUGGUAAACAUAGACAAACUCCUCCCGG